AUGUCUAACCCUAAGGUCUUUUUCGAUGUCUCUGCUGAUGGCCAACCUGUUGGUCGUAUCGUCAUGGAAUUAAGAGCUGAUGUUGUUCCCAAGACUGCUGAAAACUUCCGUGCUCUCUGUACUGGUGAAAAGGGUUUCGGUUAUAAGGGCUGUAUCUUCCACCGUGUUAUUCCUGACUUCAUGCUCCAAGGUGGUGACUUCACCAACCACAACGGUACUGGUGGUAAGUCUAUCUACGGUGCCAAGUUCGCCGAUGAAAACUUCACUCUUAAGCACACUGGCCCCGGUCUCCUCUCCAUGGCCAACGCUGGUCCCGGUACCAACGGUUCUCAAUUCUUCAUCACCACUGUCAAGACUGCUUGGUUGGAUGGUAAGCACGUUGUCUUUGGUUCCGUUGUUGAAGGUUUGGAUGUUGUUAAGAAGAUCGAAUCUUUCGGUACUGGCUCUGGUCGCACUACCAAGAAGGUUAUCAUUGAAGACUGUGGUCAACUCUAA